GUCUAUGUUGGAGCACUCUGUUGACCGGGGGAGAAGGUGACUUACCGGGGAGCUCAGUCGUAUCGUCCAAUUUAUAGCCUACAUGUUUUAAAAGAAAAAAGUCAUUUUUCGACAAGUCAACCGCCAUGUCUUCUUUUGGAAGGAUACUGGGGGUUCUUCGGGGGAGCACCCAGCUCCUUCGACGCGGCCCACAAAGAAUAUUGACCAGAAAGGCCAGCGGCGGGCCGCACAUCGAGCCGCAAUACAGACAAUAUCCUCAGAUCACCAAGAAACAGAAGUUUGAGGCGAAUCUAAUCAGCAGUGCGAUGUGGUUCUGGAUCCUGUGGCACUGUUGGCACGACUCCGAUGCAGUGAUGGGUCACUUUCCAUGGCCCGAUGCGACUGCUUGGACUGACGAGGAGCUAGGAAUCCCAGCAGAUGAUGAGGAAUAAGGCUGGAUCUCCAAAGUGGUCACUCACUCGUGAGUUGCGACCGGACCGCUCUUUUCAGAGAUCAACCGCUUUCGCGUUGUCGUCCUCGCCACUAAACAUCAACACUGACAACGUAGAACACACAUCCUAGUUUAUCAACAAUAUUGCAAUCUUCGGAUUUGACGAGUAGUCGUGCCACAAAGCUCUGACAAAAUCUGGCACGUUUACACUCGGCAAAAGCUACAAUGAGUAAAAUACUCACUGGAAUUCCUAUAACAUAAAUUAUACAUUUAUCUGUGAGUCUGCCAAAUACCUUUUAAACUAAUAAUAUUUUUGGGAACCACCGAUUACCUCGUGUUUUUUUGUGACUCUAAGUCCGAGCAGCGAUGUUUACGCAAAUUUUCCGUCACUCCCAAUGCUAAUUUCAUGAAUGUAAUCAAUUAAAAAUGCUCUGUAACUGUGAAACCAUUUAAGGAGCUUUUAAAUAAGGCCAGCCAUUCUAAGAUGGGGUAAAUAUUAAGAAAGUUGUGAAAUUUUUAACAAAUGGUCACACUUCAAAUAUUGAGCCCCAGUGACUUUGUAUUGAAGAAGUUGACCACAAAUUACCAUAUUUUCCGGACUAUAGAGCGCACCCACUAAAAAUUUAUUUUUUCUAGUUAUUAGCCACAACGUUGUGAAAUGAGUUAAUUUACACAGUAAUAUUUUGUUCAUGUUUAGUUACAUAUCUUGUUUCUAAAUGGUGUUUGAAACACGGCAGUAAAAUGGCUGAUCAAACAAAACAGAAGUAAUUUUCCUGGACCCACUAGCUGCAGAAGGUAGCUCUCCAAUCAAACAGACUUAAAAACUCCACAGUGACGUUUUGGUGGAUUCAUUAAGUAAUUUGUGAAACUGAAACAAAAACAGAAUGCCAUUGUGAGUUAAUACUAACAGACACUUUUAAACGUGUUAACAUAUAAGCUAAUUGUAACAACGUUCGCUUGUUUACGAUGGCAAGUAUAAAUAUACAUGAAAACACUCCUACAGACAUCACACAUGGGACAGUUUAGAAAGUAGGAAACGUAUAUUGCAAAACUUAAAUGAAGAAUCCAUACGAGUAGAAACGCUAUGGAUGACUUGAAGAUAGAACGGCACUUCUACUUCCGGUUCAAAGCACUAUUUGGAAGGAAAUACUAGAUGUUCACCCCGCUGCACCUGCAGUUAGUGUGAACUUGUCCAAAAUAUGGUGCAAUAGCACAAGUGAUAACACACCUUUUCGAGGUGUCUGCUUGUUUAAUCAAAACUAUUCAUAUUUUAUAAGCCGCAGAGUUCAAAGCGUAGGAGAUAAGUAGUGACUCAUCGUCCGGAAUUUACGAUUUCCACUGCUUUUAAUGCCAUACAUUUCUUAAUAUUUAUCACAGGAAAAGUGUAAUUACUGAAAUCGUUUUUACAAGACCUGCCUGAUGAUACUGGUUUCAUGUAAAUAUAUUUUUAAGAUUUUACACACAUAUCUACUUAAAAAGUCUGACCCAUUUGGUUUGGAAGUUGGGGUUUUGGGAAAUAACUUUACCUGGGUGUUUCAUUUUUUAUGUCCCUGUGGUGGACAAGUUGACUAAAGUAAUUGUUUUCUUUGUAGAUCAUCUGGAUUGAAGCUACAAGUCAUGGUUGUACAUUUACAAAUAAAAUAUCUUCUAAAUGCA